UUUCCCCAGUGUCAUGUAGGCCGCUUGACAGAUAUAAGCUCGGUAUGGGCAAUUGGAGAUCGACCAGGCUGACUCGAAUGCCUGCGGUUAAAGCCUUAUUUCCCCAGCUUAUACAUCUAGGGAAGUCCUCCUACCAUAGCUUUUCUAUUCACUCCCAGUUCGCCACGUUUUGAUCUGAGACUCCGAAAAUGAUAUACCAGAACGCGAAGACCAUCCAAGUGCCAAAUGUAGAUGUCCUGACGCUACUUUUUGAUCACGAGAAUAGCAGCGCCAAGGAGGACUCUGUGCUCCACGCCGAAGCGUCUAACCCCGAACGAAGCAUAAACAAAUCACAGGCACGGGUUUUUACGAAGCAGAUUGCUCAUGGUUUACGCAAUGGAUUUGGUAUUGGAGCCAACGGGCCUGGAAAGGACGUUGUAAUGGUGAUGUGCUCCGGACAGUCCUUGCUGCCCAUGCUAUUCUAUGGUGUGAUCGCCGCCGAGGGUGUCUACUCCGCCGUCAGCACUUCCGCCACCGUGACCGAAUUAUCGAAGCAGAUAGACCAGUGUCCGGUCAGCCUUCUCGUGUGCACCGCCGACACAAGAGAGGUUGCAUGCAAGGCCGCCGAGAAAUGCGGGUUGUCUAAUGCCAAGAUCUUGAUUCUGGAAUCGAGUCCGGAAUGGAGUCUCAGAUCGCUCUCGACUGGCACCAAUUAUAUUUCGAAGCAGCAGCUGGACUGGAGAAGGAUCACUGACGCCAAGGAGCUCGAGAACUCUUUAAUAUGCCUCCUCUUUUCGUCUGGGACGACUGGUCCACCAAAGGGUGUAUGCCUCUCCCACACGAACCUGGUAUCCGAGGCAGUCCUCCCCGGUGAGCUGACAAAGGAGCAUUUGAAGAAGGCUGAGGCAGCUGGUGCACCCCCAUUUGAAUACCGAACUCUCGCCCAUCUCCCUGUUGCCCACAUCGCAGGGCUGCAGGGAUAUCUCGUGAACCCAUUCUACGCAGGAGGUCUCGUGUACUGGAUGUCAAAAUUCGAUUUCCAACAGUUCAUAGACAACAUAAAGAAGUUCCGCAUCACGAUGCUCUUUAGUGUGCCAGCUAUCUACCUCUUGAUAGCCAAGUCGACCGUGGUGACAGACCACUUUGACACGCUGAUGCUUGCUCAAAGCGGUGCUGCUCCAUUGGGCCCAGAGACCCAACGGGCUGCAAGCAUGAAGCUUGGGAAGGGCAAGACGUUCAUCAGCCAGACAUGGGGACUGAGCGAAACGACGGGCAGUGCCAGCUCCAAUCUCUGGGGCCCAAAGGACGAGACUGGAAGCGUUGGCACAUUGCUACCAAACAUUUCAUUAAGACUCGUCGAUGAGGAUUUCAAGGACGUCGCAGCUGGGAAGCCAGGUGAGAUUCUUAUUAAGGGUCCUGUGAUCUCAAAGGGCUAUUAUAACAAUCCGGAGGCCACUGCAGGAUCUGUUCAUGGUGACUGGUUCUGCACGGGUGAUAUUGGUAUCAUGCGCGACGAGAAGCUCUAUAUCGUGGACAGAAAGAAGGAACUCAUCAAAUACAAAGGUCUUCAAGUUGCACCAGCCGAGCUCGAAGCUAUUCUACUUGCGCAUCCUCUCAUCUUAGAUGCUGCUGUUAUCGGAGUGGAGGGAGAGGGAACGGAAUUACCAAGGGCCUAUGUGGUCGCUGACCAGACCAAGAUUUCGAAGGAGCAAAUCCAAGAAGUUGUCAACAGCGUCGUUGCAAGCUACAAACGGCUCAGGGGAGGUGUUUUCUAUAUUGACGAGAUCCCCAAGACUGCUUCGGGGAAGAUCCUCAGGAAGGAUCUUCGAAUGUUGGCAGAAAGGACCAAGUCAAAGUUAUAGAGCG